CGCGUGACGUGAGUUGAUGAACCCGGAAAAGGGAGAGGAGAAGCUGAAGCGGAGACUCAUAAACAAACACGCCGAGCAGAAAAGCAGCGAAUAACCCGAGAGAAACCGCAGCAGACAGCGACAUGGACGACACACUGUUCCAGCUCAAGUUCACCUCGAAGCAGCUGGAGAGACUCGCCAAGAAGGCCGAGAAAGACUCUAAAUCUGAGCAGGCCAAAGUCAAGAAGGCUCUGCAGCAGAAGAAUGUGGAGUGUGCGCGUGUGUAUGCAGAGAACGCCAUCCGCAAGAAGAACGAGGGACUGAACUGGCUGCGGAUGGCGUCUCGAGUGGACGCGGUGGCCUCUAAAGUGCAGACGGCGCUCACGAUGAAGGGCGUGGCCAAGAACAUGACGCAGGUCACCAAAGCGCUGGACAAGGCCCUGAGCUCCAUGGACCUGCAGAAGGUGUCGGCCGUCAUGGACAAGUUCGAGACGCAGGUGCAGAAUCUGGACGUACACACCUCGGUGAUGGAGGACUCGAUGAGCUCCGCCACCACCCUCAGCACGCCGCAGCAGCAGGUGGAUGACCUGAUCCUGCAGAUCGCGGAGGAGAGCGGCCUGGAGGUGGAGGACCAGCUGAGUCAGCUGCCGGCCGGAGCCUCCGCCCUGGGGGAGACAUCUGCACGCGCACAGGAGAAGGAGGACCAGCUGAGCCGACGGUUGGCUGCUUUACGCAACUGAUGAUCUUCAGAUUCACUCAGUCUGUGCUGUUUGGACUUUAUUAGAGGAGGAUUUUUAUAACAACUCCACACACACACACACACACACACUCCUGCGCUCCUCUUGUCUUCAUGUUUGUUGUUUUUCUGGUUUUGCAUAUUUAAUCUAAGCUGAGCUGCGGCGUUCCCCUCGCGCCCCUCACGCCUUACUGCUCCACACAUCCAGUGCCUCCGCCACAGAGAGAGUGUGUGUGUGUGUGUGUGCGCGCGCAUGUGUAUGUGUGUGCGCGCAUAUUUUUGUGAGUAUGUAUGCGUGUGUGUGUUUGCACACAUAUUUUUGCGAGUAUGUAUGUGUGUGUGCGUGCGUGUAUGUGUGUGCGUGUGUGUGUUGUGUUCAGCUCUGCUUCAGCUCUCCUGGUGUUUUCUUGUGCGCGUCCGUCAUGUAGAGAGAUGAUCUCCGUCAGCGCUCAGUGAUCCGCUGCUUCUGUUCUGUAAAGUAACUUUAGUUUAGAGGUGUAUUUAGUUUAUAUGAGAUUCUUGAGGAGCAGAUUCAACACACACACACACACACACACACUGUGCUCGUUACAGUACAGAAGCGCAGCAGAUACACUCGUCUGCGAUGCUGAACGCCGCUGUGGAGAUGCCUGAAGACAGAGAAUGCUGAGAUGAUGUGGAGGACUCCUGCUGUGAACGUGGAGGCUGCUCUCCAGAACACACACACACACACUCAUACUUUAAAAUUGUGUGUGUGUGUGACUGAAUGAAGUGCAGAAUACACUUCUAUGAUCUGUUCUGUCUGUCUGAUGUGUGUUUCUGUCAUCAAUCAAUAAAACUGAUCAGAGUUUUGGA